AUGUGUGUUGUCUAUGGAGAUGACUGGUUGACAAUUGCGUACACACCCCAAGCCGGCUUGGAUGAGGAAGUCAGGAGGCGUUUCUGGGAGGAUUUGGAUGAGAUGGUGCGUGGUAUCCCGCAUACUGAGAAGAUUUUCAUAGGAGGAGAUUUCAACGGCCAUAUUGGAGCGACGUCUAGGGGGUAUGAUGAUGUGCAUGGUGGCUUUAGUUUUGGAGAUAGAAACGAAGGAGGAACGUCUUUGCUGGACUUUGCUAGAGCAUUUGAUUUGGUGAUAGAAAGCUCGAGUUUCCCGAAGAAGAGGGAGCACUUUGUAACCUUUUGUAGUUCGGUGGCCGACAUUCAGAUUGAUUAUUUACUUUGCAGGAAGUUUGGUAAAGGCCUUUGCACGGAUUGCAAGGUCAUCCCAAGUGAGAACCUCUUGCCUCUUCAUAGGCUUCUAGUCAUGAACCUUGAGAUCAUGAGGAAAAGGAGGAAGAGGGAGAUGUAUAGACAACAUAGUAUUAAGUGGGCAGCCUUGACGGAAGCUAAAGUGCAGGACUUGGGGGUCAAGUUAAAGGCCCCGUUAAAAUUUCCUAAUGAUUUAAGAUUUUAA